AUGCACGAAUGCCAGAUCAACCUGCUUCAGUACCUGCGCUCAAAGAGUCAGAUAGAUGUCGAUACCUUUGACGUUGAUACGUCGGCGGAAAUUCCAGGAUGUGUCGAUGCAACAUCAAAUCAAGCCGAGAUAUACUCAGAGAUGAUAAAACCGCGCCACGAUGACCUGGUGAAAGAAGUCCUUGUUUUCAGCGCAAAAUUCAAGUCUGAAUUUCCGGCUCUGAGGCUGGAGGAGCUGGCAUUUGAAGCAAUUCGGCUGGCUUUCCUUGUUAUUCCCAAUAUCACUGGCGCCGUGCAUGUGAUGGCAAAUCCGUGCUAUUCGUACCACAAGGAGAAGGUUGUGGAGACUGGAAAGCGAUUACACAGAAUCUGUGAUAUGCUAGAUCCGGCCUUCGACACUGAUCGGUUGGUAGUGAAGGUGGCCGCCACAUGGGAAGGUCUCCAGGCAUGUCGAGAAUUGAAACGUUGCGGGAUAAAGACUCUAGCAACCACGGUGUUUACAAUGGAACAAGCCGUCUUGGCCGGCGAGGCCGGUUGUGUUUCUAUUUCACCUUUCGUACAUGAAGUCAAAGUGUUUUUCGAUGAGAAAUACUCGGACACAAAUCCUCUUCUUAGUAUGUGCGUUCAGGCACAGCAGUUUUACAAGAAACGGUCAAUGAGCACAAAAGUCAAAGCAUGUGCUAUGAUCUCGCUUGACGAGAUCCUACAGUUGGCUGGUGUGGAUGCGUUGACUAUCACGACUGGUGACCUAAAAAAUCUUCAAAAGGGCACUGGUUGUAAGUGCUUGAAUGAGAGUCAAUCUUUGUUUCAUGAUAACUAUAUUACUGAUAGUAGCGACUAUCCCUCGUAUGUGGACGACGAGAGCACCUAUCGUCUGGAAUACUCUCGAAGUGGCCAAGGUGCGGGCCAGUACAAAUUGACGCAGGCCUUGGCGAUUUUUUCAGAUUUUCAGUUUAAGGGAGAGGAAUUUUUGAAAGUCCACCAGCAACAUUUGAUUUAG